CGUGAUGGCCGGGGGCUGCCACGCCGGGGCUAGAGACGUGUCCUCACACCCGGAGGCCGGCCAAGAGGGACGAGUGCCCCCGACACGGUCCUCCCACCUGUCGCGGGGGUGAGGGGCACGGAGGCCGGGUCCGCCCCUGGCUCUGAGGGCUCCCGGAGUCGCUCCGAGCGCAGUUGUCUCGGCGUGUGGUUCCCCGUGGCACGAGGCCCACGCUAGGGCGGUGUGGGAGCGCCGUCGAGGUUCUCCCGGCUCCGCACCUGCCUUUGGUGUUAGGACUUCAUUCUGGGGCCUGUUUCCUGGCGUCCAGAUCCCAGGGGGCGCCGACCUGAGCUGCUCUUGACCCUUGCCUUCAUCGGAAUGGGGAGGCCAACCUGUGCACACUUGUACUUGAGAUUUUUUUUUUUUAACUUGGAAGUUCUCCGUGAGUCCACUGGGAGAAUACAAAUGAGGAAAACAAUUGGAAACCUAUCAAAAGCCGCAUGUCGGUGUGUGCAUAUAGACACCUGAACAGCGAGCUUGUCAAUGGCAGUGUCUGGCUACAAGUUACUGAAGUAUCCGUCAUUUCUUCACUGCCUGAGCCGUGCUACUGCUUGUGAAUCCUAAAUCCGUAUAGCUUUUUCCUGAACCAUCUGUAUCGCUCUACCUCCCCUGGAGUCUACAUAACCCCUAGAAGGCCCUGCAGGAAGAGAGGAGAAGGGGAUGGUUGCAGGGCCGCUUCUGCCAAGGGCUCAGACUGGGAGACAAGACUUGAAACCAAAGAGCCAACUCCAAAACCAAACUUUACUGAAGAUUCCUCCAAUGGGGUGAUGGAAAGGGAAGGUAUGUGGCAUUCUACAUUAUGGCACAACUGAGAAAAUGAUACUUGGGGUGAGGCCCCACAGAAAAACCAGGAUAGACAGUUGGACCAAGUACCAGUUACCCAUAAGGAAACACUCAUUGGAAAGAGGGUUUUAGGAGAUAAUGAAUUUAAAUUACGUUCCAGUCAGGGUUCACUAUGAAGAAAAGACCUCAUAAUUGGAAUUCCCAUGGAAAAGACACUAAGCAAAAUUUUGAGUUAAUAAGGACUCAAAGAAUGUUUGUGGGGAAGAAAAUCUAUGAAUGUAAUGAAUGUGAGAAAACCUUUAGUCAGAGCUCAUCCCUUCUCAAGCACCAGCGGAUUCAUACUGGAGAAAAACCCUAUAAGUGUAAUGAAUGUGGGAAGCACUUCAUUGAACGUUCUUCCCUUACCAUACAUCAAAGAAUUCAUACCGGAGAAAAACCCUACAAAUGUAAUGAAUGUGGGAAAGCCUUCAGUCAGAGCAUGAAUCUUACUGUUCAUCAAAGAACUCACACUGGAGAGAAACCCUACCAGUGUAAAGAAUGUGGAAAAUCCUUCCGUAAGAAUUCUUCCCUUAUUCAACAUGAAAGAAUUCAUACUGGAGAGAAACCUUAUAAAUGUAAUGAAUGUGGGAAAGCUUUUACCCAAAGCAUGAAUCUUACAGUUCAUCAAAGAACUCAUACAGGAGAAAAACCCUAUGAAUGUAAUGAAUGCGGAAAAGCCUUUAGUCAAAGCAUGCAUCUUAUUGUUCAUCAGAGAAGUCACACUGGAGAAAGACCAUAUGAGUGUAGUGAAUGUGGAAAAUCCUUUAGUAAGAGCUCAACUCUUACACUACAUCAGCGAAAUCACACUGGAGAAAAACCUUACAAAUGUAACAAAUGUGGGAAAUCCUUUAGCCAAAGUACAUACCUUAUAGAACAUCAGAGACUUCAUUCUGGAGUGAAACCUUUUGAAUGCAAUCAGUGUGGGAAGGCUUUCAGUAAGAAUUCAUCUCUUACUCAGCAUCGGAGGAUUCACACUGGAGAAAAACCUUAUGAGUGCAUGGUAUGUGGAAAACAUUUCACUGGAAGAUCAUCACUUACUGUACAUCAGGUUGUUCACACUGGAGAGAAACCUUAUGAAUGCAACGAAUGUGGAAAGGCCUUCAGCCAGAGUGCAUACCUGAUUGAACAUCAGAGAAUCCAUACUGGUGAAAAGCCCUAUGAAUGUGAUCAGUGUGGAAAAGCCUUCAUUAAGAAUUCAUCCCUCAUAGUGCACCAGAGAACUCACACAGGAGAGAAACCCUAUCAGUGUCAUGAAUGUGGGAAGGCCUUCAGUCGGAGUACAAAUCUUACCCGGCAUCAAAGAACUCACAUGUGAGGAAAAUUUUCAUUGGCCUCUUCAUUAAGAUUAACUCAGUUAUAAUCAUAUAGGUUAUGUAAUGGAGAAGCUGAUUAAAUGUAAUGAUGGUUAGACGCUUUUAAAGUAAAAUAUACCAUGUUGAAAAUACAGACCAGUGCCAAAAAAACAUAUAAAAGUUAUAGAAUUUUUCAUUCAGAAAGUACAAUGUAUGAGAAGGUUGAAGUAGCUAAUGUUACAAAUAUGAAGACUCAAGCUGAAGAUAAGUCUAGUUGUAUCAUACCACAUAUGUUAGGAGCCACAGACUUAUGAGCCUUAGACUUGGCCUACCUGACAGCCUGUUGCAUUGCUAAGCUUGCUUUGGGCAAGCAGGAUAUUAGGCCAGAACAUCCUGGGUAAAGCAAGCAGAAUAGAACCUCUACCCUUGUUC